AUGGUGGGAAGGCUGAUUAGAAUUAUAAAGGACAUGUUGAAGAGUAUUUUAGGCAGGACAAGCUUAGAUUAUGAAGAAUUACUCACUGUGUUAUAUGAAGUUGAAAAUGUUAUCAAUUCCCGUCCUUUGACAUACAUAUUGGAAGACAUUCAAAAUUUAAUGCCUUUAAAUCCAAAUAAGUUUUUAAGGGACAAUGUAGAAGGUUCAACGAUUGAAUUUGAUCACAUAAAUGGAACAGAGUUGAAUAAAUGUUGGCAGUAUUUUCAGAAACUUGGAGAAGAUUUAAGAAAAAGAUUCAGAGCUGAAUACUUAGGACAACUUAAAAAUUCUAAGAAAGCCAGUAAAAUCAAGGAACAAGUGAAAUUAGGAGAUAUAGUUUUGGUUGGGAAUGAAAACAGCAAACGGAUUGAUUGGCAGCUAGGAAGAAUAAUUAAGCUGUAUCUAGGGAAGGAUAGACAUGUUCGUGGUAUUCAAGUAAAAACAAGGAAUGGUGACAUAGUAAGACCCUUGCAGAAUAUUUAUCCUUUAGAAAUGAGUGAGCAAGCAAAGAAAAUGACGGUUUUGCAGUCUAUUCCGAAUGGAAGAGUCAAAGCAGACCUGAAAUCUCCACCAGUUACUUCCAGGAGUGGGCGAAUAAUACAUAAGCCAAAGAGAUUUGUUCUGUGA